AUGCCGCUGAAAUCAAACACAACCGCUACCGCUGGUCUCCAUACAUGUUCACACAGCUCAGGUAACAAAGGGGAAAGCUUAGCCUCACCUGGAGGUUCUGCCCACAUGAUCCUUAUUACUCCCACUGUCAGUGCCAUAACGCUUAGCCAAACAGACUUGGAGGAGAUUGAAGUUCUGGACUACAGCACCAAUAACUGGGGAGUAUGUCCUGAAGAACAGGAAUUCCUCUGCACAUACUAUAAUGCAUACUUAGCUUGGGAUGCUCUCAAGUCUCAUCACGAGAAGCUCUUGCGAUUUGUUAUCAUCACUCCAAGAGCCUUUCCACCACUAGUACUCUACUUGCUCAUCGAUAUUGAGAAGAUGAAGGGAUCAGGCGACGUUGCUAUGAUGACCACUGGAAAACGAGGGCAACAAUCUCAGUCCAACUACUUCUUCUGCACCACCUGCCACAACUGGGGGCAUUAUGCAAAAGAUUAUUUUGCCAAGGGUGGCACAAUGAAGGGCAAGCAUGACAAAGUUUUAGCCCGUAAGUGUGCUGCUCAAGAAGCAAGUGGUAAGGGAGGAUCUACCAGCAAGUCCACCACCAAGAGAGCUGCCUCCACUGGCAAGCCAGGAGGUGUCUGGUACGAUCAGGGUGGAUGUGCCUACUUACUUGAUGAUGAGUCUGGUGAAGCUAUUUAUAUUGCCUCUGUUCCCUUCCCUGCUCCUAUCAUUAACCCAUCCACUGCUGAUUCUUGUAAAUUUUCUGGCCUCACAUGUGAUACAAUGACCUCCGCAUUCAUCCAAGAACUAUCUGUAAAUGAUGAUGAUGAGUUCUCUGCCCUCCCAGCUGCAGUAGACACCUUACAGACCAGCAUCGACUAG